AUGGGUCUCAAGGCUCUGGUGAAGCGCUUCGAGCUGCAGAAUGUCUCGGCUCUGACGAACGAUGAUGUUCGGCCUUGCGAAGCCGAGCGGCGGACGUGGAACUUUCUUGCGUUUCACAACUACUGGCUCUUGAUCAAUUGCAACAUCGCAACGUUCCUCACUGGCAGCGCCCUGAUCCCACUCGGCCUUACUUGGUGGCAGGCCAUCAUCAGCAUCGUCGUCGGAAACAUUAUCGCGACGACGGCGCUACUGCUCAGCUCGUUGGCCGGUGCCUACUAUCACAUUGGCUUUCCCGUGUACAGCCGUGCCAUCUGGGGUAUCUGGGGUUCCCAGUUCACGAUAUGGAACCGAAUCUUCCUGUCAUUUGUCUGGUAUGGCUUCCAGGCCUGGGUCGGCGGUGAAUGCAUUUACAUGAUCCUGCUCUCGUGGGAUCCCAAGUACGAAUCGCGGAUUCCCAACACCAUUCCCGCUGAUACCGGGAUGACCUCUGCGCAGUUCGUGGCAUACGUCAUCUUUUGUGUCAUCAGCCUGCCGUUCCUCUGGAUCCGGCCCCACAGGCUUCAGCCGUUCUUUUGGUGCGCGGCGACGGUAACCUUUAUAUUCUUUCUGGUAUUGCUGGUGUGGGCGCUGGCCACGAUGGGAUCGGCAGGCUUCGGCAGCACCAUAAGCUCGGACCGCACCAUCCCCUUGACUGGCGGGCCCAACAGCACUGCUUGGCUGAUGGUGUACGGAGUCAUGUCCACUGUCGGAUCCAUCGCCGCGGGCAUUCUCAACCAAAACGACUACGCUCGUUUGGCAAAGCGCCCCCGGGAUGCCAUCUGGGGCCAGGCAAUUGCGUAUCCCCUGUACUGCAACUACGCUGCCGUGCUCGGCAUCUUGGUCGUCGCGGCGACGCAGCACCGGUUCGAUGGCGAGGCCAUCUGGAACCCGCCCACGCUCUUCGUGCGCCUCCUGGAAAAGGACCCCAGCUCGGGGACUCGCGCUGCCGUCUUCUUCGCGGGCCUCGCGCUUGUUGUUUCGCAGCUGGGAAGCAGCAUCCCUGGCAAUGCGCUGGCGGGUGGCAUUGACCUCGCGUCUACAUUCCCCAAGUACAUCAACAUCCGAAGGGGCGCGUACAUCACGGCCCUGAUUAGCCCCGCAGUCAACCCCUGGCGCCUGGUCAACACGGCCACCAUCUUCCUGACUGUGCUGUCGAGCUACGGUAUCUUCCUUGCGCCAAUGACAGGCAUGAUGACCGCAAACUACCUGAUUGUUUGCAAGCGCAAGUUCAAGGUGGACGACCUGUACCGCGGGGACAAGGGCAGCAUAUACUGGUACACGUGGGGUGUGAACUGGCGGGCGCCUGUUGCGUGGAUUGUCGGUGUCAUCCCACCCCUCCCCGGCUUUGUGUCGCAAGUCAACACGUCGGUGACGGUGACUGACGCGGCCGUGGAACUGUACUACCUCAACUACCUGUACGGCUAUCUGGCGAGCAUGCUGGUUUACACGCUCCUGCACUGGGCGUUCCCGGCCAAGGCGCUGGACGCGUUCGUGCGCGAGCCCACGUCGGCAGCGGAGCUUCAGCAACACUACCGCGACCGCUGGGACUCGGAGGCCGUUGAAGGGCUGCUGCCCCCCGCCAGCACCGGCGAAGAGUCGUCGGGGAAGGAGACGGGAAGGACGGCGGCGGCGGCGAUCUGA